GAGUUGAGUUGUAAAAACAACUCGCUUCCUCCGUGACGAUGGGCGAUUCCAAUACAUAAACAGGAAAUGCGUGUACCGUGAUCCUUACAAGUGUGUUUUAGAAUAUCACAUGUACACUGUACAUGCUUGUCCAGUAUACAUGUACAAACAGGAAAAAUGAAAACAUAACAUCAUGUAACACGGAAAUCUUCCUCCACGUGGUAAUUGCUUCUUUUCUCUCAAUAAGUUUGGGUUUCUAAAGUUUGAAUUAGGAAAAGGUGUUUGGUGUUUGUGGACAACGAAAAUUGUUUGAUUGCCCGAAGGAAACUGGAAUUCAGAUGGUGUGAAAAUGGAAAGAGCUGACCUACUGGGGAUCAAGAAAUCGAAGCAUGGUUGGAUUAAAUGAUUCUUCAGUUCAUACAAUGUCUACGUAGUUGGUGAUCACGUUCUCGUGGACUCUUAUGCGUCUAUAUUGCUGGUAAUUUGAGCCACUCGACCUACAUUACAUAAACAUGUGACGUCGCUGUCAGUUGCUGUAUAAACAAUUGGAACGUUUACUAUUGAAGUCGCACCAGCAGUUUGUCGACAAGAAUAAUAUUAUUAUUAAGAAAGAAGCCCAGGAUGGACUCCAAUAGCACCAUGGCUGAUCUUGGAGCUCAUGCUGCCGUUGUGACGAGAAUGACGUCAAAGGAUCGUGAAGGAGGACAGCAAACAGAUUCUAACGGAGAGACUGUUGAUGAAGUACUAAAUGUCCAUCCAUCCUUCUUAGAAUGUUCCGGUUGCAAUGAAUCAAUUCAUGAACGCUACUUCUUACGAGCUAUGGAUAAAUACUGGCAUGAAGACUGCUUAGCAUGCGACCUCUGUCAAUGUCGACUUGGUGAAGUAGAUUGUUACUUAUACAUCAAGAUGGGUCGGAAACUGUGUAAACGAGAUUACCUCAGAUUGUUUGCUCCGAGUGGUGUUUGUUCAGCAUGUAACCGAUCUAUACCAGCUUAUGAUCUCGUUAUGACAGUUACACCUGGACGGGUGUUUCACCUCGAGUGCUUCAAAUGCUCACAAUGUGAAAAACAUUUCUGUGUUGGUGAUAAAUAUUACCUGAUGGGAUCAAAUAUCGUCUGUGAGGAUCAUUGAAGGUUCAAACAACAUGGAAACAAAACAAGAAGUCUCCAAAUUAUAAAUGUCUAAGAAGUCACAACUUGUUUAACUUGCGGAUAUAAUCAAGUCCAUGUGACAAUCUGUUUGGGAUGAGUCUGAAAAGAUCCGGUGUGGUCUCGACGUUUCGAACAGUUUUCUCUGCUCGUCUCCAGAAUGUUCUGAAGACGUACCCGCAUUUGUACAAAAUGAUGGUCCAGAAGAGAGCCAUUGAAAUAGUAGUAUGGGACAUUAUGAAGAAGGAACUUCCAUUCAGUUACAAAAUAAUAUUUGGUUGAUUAUAACUUUAGCCUGUGGAUUACUCGUCACUAAUAGAGUGCUCGUCACUAAUAGAGUGCUUGUCACUAAUAGAGUUCUCCACCCGCCUUCAGUCCUGACAGCUCCAGCCCCUGAUAACUGCCUAAUCAUCGGAUGCUACAAGAUGUACCUUAUGACCUCGCAAUUGUUUUACAUGGAGAUUCGCGGUCAAUUCACAUGUACAUUGUGCAUAUAAAACAUAGUGGUUAAAUACAACAUUACCAUGUACAAACAAUUUGCUCAGGCUGCAUACAGACGAUCUAAAGUGCAAGGUGACAACUAAAAUUUGCAUCACCUCGGACAAUUCAGGAAAGCUUACGUCAUUGCACGUUUAUCCGAUGAGAUCAAUGUUGCGGAUAAAGACAGUAGACCAGUUUAUAUGUGACAACAGAGGGUGCCACCGCCCCGUCUUAUAAAUAGCCAAAAUCUUUAUACUUGUUUUUAGCUACAACCCAUUUCACCAAAAUGCCCCCCCCCCCACCCUCAUAAUGCAAUUUUACAGUUUAAGUACAUCUUAGUGAUAUUGUAUUUUUGAUAGUGUUGAAAUAAAUUUAUAAGUCAAUACAAU